AGAAGGGGAGCGAGCUUAGCGCAGCCUGAGGACACAUGAGGUGUUAAUAAAGCGCUGGUCACUGACUGCGCUCAGGGGACGUGUCGCCGCUGGACGUGUCUGGGGAGCACCGCUACUGAACACUCGACUGUAACAUAACAUAUGUGUGAACAUGGAGUUUGGAGAGAGAAAGAGGAGCAGGAAGUCUCAGAGCUUCAAACUGCUCUCGGCUGAAGUUGCCGUUGAAGCUCCCAUCUGUGUGUCCAAAGAUGCUGCUGUGCCCAAUGAAGAUUGGGUGGGCGAGGAGGGCAUGGAGAUCAAGAGGCAGAUCACUGGGAUGAUGAAGAUUCUGAGUGACAGGAGUGGGAGGGGCUAUCAGCGAGCGGGUCCAGGGCUGUCCCAGGACGCAGGGGAGGAUGGGGGACAAUCUGCUCCUCUGCAGCUGCCUGAUGAUGACCACACCUGGGCUUCUGAGGAUGAAAUCGCACCUUCAACUCUAUCCUCUACACUCACCAACGGACCUGGCACCCGCUCCAGAGCUCAGAGAGGACUGCACUGCGUGAAGGAUAUGACCAAAGCACUUGAAGUCAAUGCAGACACCAGGCCUCAGUCAGCAGAGGCGCCCUGCUGUAUGUGUAACUGUAAGGACACACUACAGGCCAUUUUGCAGGAGCUUCAAGUCAUGAGAAAAAUGAUGCAGGCUGAAAAAGGUAUAGAAAAACAAAAGCCGAAUGCAGCGUUGCCAUGCCAACCUGCCCUGUUUGGCCCUGCCCCCCCACACAGACCAUUGAAGAGGAGGCCCAUCUACAAAGUGCCACCCCUGACAGUGUGUUCUGCUCACCAGUCGCCUGUGUCUUCUGCUCCUGCCUGUGCUCCUGUCUCUGCUCCUGUCUCUGCACCUGCCUCUGCUCCUGCACACAGCGGAGGGACCACUGAAGCUGGGAGACCAGCAGACACAUUCAUAGCCCUGGGUCGGUCCUUGGACACACAGCAGGACAGUUCCACCUCUCUGCUCCAUCAACCAAGGAAACAUCUGGAAUCAGAGCCAGAGGUGCGCCUGGUGGAGGACUAUGACGUGUUCAUCUCAAAGGCUCAGCUUGACUCCAUUUUAAUCAACUACACUCGCUCUGGCAGCCUGCUCUUCAGAAAACUGGUGUGUGCCUUCUUUAAUGAUGCCACUCUGGCCAACUCUUUGCCCAAUGGGAAGAGAAAAAGAGGGCUCAAUGACAACAGAAAAGGCUUGGACCAGAACAUUGUAGGAGCUGUUAAAGCAUUUACAGAAAAAUACUGCAUUGAACACAAGAUAGAAAAGCUGCCUGGCCCACGAGACUGGGUUCAAAUCCUACAGGACCAAAUCAAACUGGCCCGGAGGAGGCUGAGGAGAGAUGCAGCUGAAGACAACAUGUAAACAUAUCUUCUAAAUCUACUCUUUUUUUCUCA